CGGGAGCCCACACUGGCCGCGACGCCGGCGCCGACGCCGCCUCCGCCGCCGCAUGCGACGCCGCCCCCGAUCGCCGCUCGGCUGACGCUGCUCGCUACCCGCCAGGAUGAACGUGGCGGUGCUGCUGGUGCUGUCGCUGACGCCCGAGCUGGAGGGCGCGCUAGGGCAGCGGGCACCCUGCUACGAGUGUGAGGUGUACAAGGACCAGCACCCCCAGUCCAGGCCCUACCAGGAGAUCCGGUCGCACUGCUCGUACCCGUGCGAGUGCGGCCCGCGGCCGCCGUCGUGCCCGGCCGGCGUGUCGCUGGUGCGCGACGGCUGCGGCUGCUGCGCCGUGUGUGCGCGCCAGCAGGGCGACGCCUGCGACGGCACCGCCCUCUGCGACGAGCGCCGCGGCCUCGUCUGCCAGUACCCGCACCGCACCGCCUCCACCGGCGUCUGCCAGGCAAUCAAAGGACUGCCGUGUACGGUGUACAACCGCACGUACGACAACGGUGAGACGUUCCUCUUGGACUGCCGCACGCAGUGUGCUUGCCAGAACGGGACGUACGCCUGCGCGUCGCUGUGCCCGCAGGAGUCCAUCUCGCCGCAGGGGGCGUGCCACCACCCGCGCCUCGUUGAGGUCCCAGGCCAGUGCUGUCGGGAGUGGCUCUGCGACAGCGACCAAGCGGAGCGCCCGCCGGACUGCCGGCCGCAGCAGUUCUCGCGCUGGUCGGAGUGCUCGGCGCGCUGCGGCGUGGGCGAGUCGCGGCGCGCCUCCACGCUGAGCCCGCAGUGCCGGCCCAGCAACGAGACGCGCCUCUGCCAGCAGCGGCCGUGCGCGCCCGCGCCCGUGCCGCCGCCGCUGCCGCCCAGGACCCACCACCACAUACGGCGGGGCCACGAGUGCAAGGCGACGCUGCGGUCGCGGUCCGCCGUGCGCCUGCGCGUCGGCCCGUGCCGCAGCCGGCGGCGCUUCCGGCCGCGGGCGUGCGCGGGCGGCGGCUGGGGCGGCGCGGGCGGCGGCUGCGCGGGGCGGCGCUGCCGGCCGCUGCUCAGCACCACGCUGCACGUCGACUUCCGCUGCCCGCUGGAGCUGGGCGCAGAGCCGCCGGGCGUGCCCGUCGCCGCCGCCGUCAUGGCGCUCGUCCGGCCCGGCGACGACCUGUGGGCCGACGACGACCACGAAGCGGACGAAGAGGCCAACGAGGCGGAGGAGGGAGGCUUCGGCGCGCCACAGGACACCAUCACCCUGCCGGUGCAAUGGAUCCUCAAGUGCGUCUGCACGCCGCUGUCGGAGUCAGAGCCAGCGGACGCCGAGGGCGCUGGCGGCGGCGGCGGAGGAGAGGUGCUGCUGCACCGCGUACACCGGACCGCCGCGCCGUGACGUGGCAUGACGUCACUGCUCCAGCCCAGUAUAGUGGCUCGAGGAGGCCGCAUAGGCGAAAGCGCGAACUUCGCGAGCUCGGGCUACAGAACAUGAGAUCAUUUCAAGCUUUCGCCCCUUGCGGGUCUUGCUCGUACGACGUUGGACAGAGAGAUACUAUGCCGUAAACAUCAACGAACACUACUUGGACCAAUUGCUGUCAUCAUUAUUGUCAAAUGCUAGGAGGGGAUCAGGAUGUCACUUCACCACUUCACUUCUCUUGCGAUUUGCACGCUACGCUGCACUGAGACAGCCUUGUCUGUGGUAAAUGCUGCACUGGGAUACGGCAUUUUGACAUACAGUUUAAGUGAAGUAGGCAAAAUGUGGGCGAGAUUCCUAAUAUUUUCCUAUUUCCCAACCAGUUUGGGCACAACACAGACACGCAAGUAACGAAUCAGGAUCGUAAACUGUCUUUCACUAUGAUAAAACAAUCGUAUUUCUUUACCAAAGAGCAAAUACAUGUUGUAUUCGGGCAGUGCUACGCUCGUAUUAAAUUUCAUUUUUGGAUUUACAGGGGCAUUAAAAAGAAAUCUCACGUUCGUCUUUCGACUGCGAAACAGUCCGAUGAAUCAGCACAUGUUACGGAAGCCGAGUAAACCAGAAAGAAAUAGUUAACUUUUCCCGCUAGGAGUAAUUUUUCGCCAGACUUUGAUGUACCUGCCGAGCAUUUCUAAUUAUUUGUGAAU